CUUGUGUUUCAGGCUGAUUAAAGCCAAUUUUUAUAUAAAUUUUAGAAAAAUAGAAAAAAAAUGUAUUGUUUUAAAGCAAAGUGUUACCUUGACCGCAUACAACCAUGCAUUGACAUGUGUACUAUACAAAUUACAAUACAUUAGGCCUAUACAUUACAUACACACUUUCGAUGUCUGAAAGUGAAACUUCCAACUUGCUAACCAACCCAUGAUGAAGGCUUUGCCAUCGAAUGCAGCGACCAGUCAGCUAGAACGGCAUCGGCAGGCGAGGAGGGGAUCUCAAGUCGAGCAGAUUCUUGGACAGCGACGGAAAGGGAGGACUGUUGAGUUCCUUGUAAGAUGGCAGGGGUGCGGGGAAGAAGAAGACACAUGGGAACCCCUUAAGAACUUGGCAUCCUGUGCAGACAUGAUUGAUGCCUUUAGGGAGUCCCACACAGCCGCCGGAAGUGUUCGGAAACCUCGCGGAAGAGGGAGAUCUCGGACAACCAAGGUGACAGCGUCAAGCAGAUCACGGUCGCGCUCUUCAUCACGAGGGCGGCCGAAAUCUGCGACAAGAAAGUCAACACGAACACAACCUCAGGUCACUCCAGUGAGAAAGACUAGAUCGGAUAUGAUAGUGGCAACAAAGUCAAUAGUUGAGAGAGAGACGGAAACAAAAACGGCUUCUCAGGUUAUCCAGCGUCACACGGACACAAGACAAAUUACAGUAACAGAAACAAGGACAGUUUCCAAAACAAUUGCGUCCUCAAGUCCACCAAGGAAAGAAUCAUGUGCAAAGAACAUUUGCAAUUGCUUGAAUCUAAGGCGAAGUGACAUCCCAAUUAUCAUUGUCGUAGCUUGUUUGGCCUUUAUAUUCAUAUCAGUAUUGUUCAUGAAGAGGCCUUCAAAGUGAUUUCCCAUUAAAUCAAUUGCAUUUGUUGCAGUUGGACUGAAGGAGAAUUCCAUCGGGCCUGUAUCAGAGAUGCCAACCCUCCCUGGAAAACUGGGGCCCUGUUUUUGCUGCCUAUCUCAAUUUUUCCACUGUGCAUUUAAUGCAUAUUCCUCUUAGUUUGACGGUGCCUCCUAAUCCCAGGUUUUUCAGCGGAAAUUAAAUUUCCAUAAACCUGCUAAUUUUUUUCUUUUGCCUCCUGGACUUUCGUUCAGGCUGGUUGGCACCUCCGCUGCACCCCAAAAUAACAUUGUAAAAAUGUGGAGGUAAAUAUUGAUUCAGAUAGGGGGCAUACUAUCAAAAGUUGAUAAGGACUUUAUUAAUUAUUGCUAUAUUGAUUUAAUGUUGGAAUUGUACGAUGUGUAUAUAUUUAUGUUGAGUACUCCCAAAAGAAUUGUGGAAUUGACACGAGAAAAUGUAUUUAAAGCAGUAGGAAUUUUUAAAGUAAUUUUAGUAUUGACCAUAAAUGUCAAAGGUCUUUUUAUCAAAGACCUUUUCAAAUGUAUACUAAUUGCAUUUUAUGUGGAAUUAUGUGGAAUUACAUUUUGUAAUGAAAGCCACAUAUUUGUACGCCGUGUACAUGUAUAUUUCAAAUGUAAAUGUUUCUAAUGUAAAUUUCAAGCCCUACACUGAUUGUUGACAUCAAUUUUAGACAUCUUAUGCCUGGUGUAGAGCUGCGUUGUCAGUUUGCCAUACGUAUUUAUGUAAAGAUUGCACAUUAUCAGGAGUAACAAGUAACAUACGUUAUUUCCCCCUUGAUAUCAUUGAAUAAACAUGUUGUUCAUUAUGUUAACUUUAAAAAAAACAAUUCACAUGUAAGACUUGUAUUGCUUUUUGGGGAAUUGUAUUGCAUUUUAUCAUUCAAAGUGAUGUCUCGCUCUCCUCGGGGCUGAUGAUCAUAAUUUGAUUCAUCUUUUUAUCCAAUUUGGGGUCCUCAAAUAAUGAAGAAAAUUUCUAUUUUGAUGAAAAAUAUGCUAGGCUUUAUUUUGUUAAGGGUUGCAGCAAAUGAAAUUAAAUAUAUAGUGUUAGGACAUGAUGUCAAUGUAACUGCUGACUCCAACAGGGCAGCUAGUUUUAUUUUUUGGUUAUUACAUGUACAAGAAGAUUUAGUGGUCUGUAUAUUUUAUACUUUUAAGUAGAUAUUUGAGGAUAAAUUGAGCUGUUCAGCACCAUCCUGUCACCUGAUGUGUACU